GUGUUAGGUUAUGCUACUUUGCUUAGUUGCUUAUAAAAUUGCGAUAAAUUCAUACAAAAAUGCCUGAAAUGGAAAUCAAAAGGAAAGCAGACGAGUAUUCCGUCGUCCCGGCGGCGAAAAGGACUCGUCAUGAGAUUUCGGUAGUUGGUACCAGAGAGAAAGCCGUUGUUACUUCAGCGGUGCCCCGUACAUCAAACCUUUACGCUCCUAUCAUGCUGCUGGAAGGGCACCAAGGAGAAAUAUUCACAGCCAAGUUCCACCCGGAAGGCAAGCACUUGGCGUCUGCAGGUUUUGAUAGAAUUAUAUAUGUAUGGAACGUCUACGGGCAAUGUGAGAAUGUGAUGGUGAUGAAAGGGCACACCGGAGCAGUCAUGGAACUAUGCUUUUCUCCUGAUGGCUCUCACCUGUACACCUGCGCUACCGACCAGACUGUGGCCGUGUGGGACGUACCUACUGGAACACGGAUCAAGAAACUCAAAGGCCAUGCUAGCUUUGUUAACUCUGUGUCAGGAGCAAGAAGAGGGCCAGAACUCCUGGUAUCAGCAUCAGAUGACAACACAAUAAAACUCUGGGAUGCAAGAAAGCGGAACCCAGUUGCUUCCUUCGACAGCACCUACCCUGUAACAUCUGUUUUGUUUAAUGACACAGCUGAGAAGGUCAUAUCUGGAGGCAUUGACAAUGUCAUAAAAGUUUGGGACAUUAGGAAUAAUCAAAUUGCUUACAAGAUCAAAGGACAUACUGACACUAUUACAGGAAUGUCCCUAUCAUAUGAUGGGUCGUACCUUCUGUCCAACUCGAUGGACCAGACGCUCCGGAUCUGGGACGUGCGGCCGUUCGCGCCGUCAGAGCGUUGCGUCAAGCUCAUGUCAGGCCACCAACAUAACUUCGAGAAGAAUCUGCUGCGGUGUGCCUGGUCACCUGAUGGCUCUAAGGUGGCAGCUGGUUCGUCGGACCGGUUCCUGUACAUCUGGGACACGACGUCGCGGCGCGUGCUAUACAAGCUGCCUGGUCAUAACGGCUCCGUCAAUGACGUGGACUUCCACCGCGGCGAGCCCGUCGUGCUGUCUGCCUCCAGCGACAAGCAGCUCUACCUUGGAGAGAUCGAGCAUUGAACAGCGUUUAUCGCUUUCAUAGAUAUAACGUGUACAGGCGAUGUCCCCAUUCAAAGUGUUUAACUAUUACAGUGAAAGGUCAAUGACCCGUGUGCUGUGUCCCGCCCGCGCGGCGCAGCACGCGCACCGUGCGGCAAAUUAUAUCGAUAGCUUCGACUAAUAGACGCAGCGAACGCUAUCUAUCGAGAUAAACGCUGUACGACUCGAUAUAAUUUGCGGCUCGUGAGGCGUGGUUGCUGUGCCGCGGGGGCUAAAAGUGUUGUGUUGAUAGUUAUCGCCCGUACUCUUACCCUGAUAAGCACUACAUUAUGGAACAAUAACUUCUACAAAACGAAUGUUUCAUUGUAAAGAGAAUGUAUGGUGAUUUUGCUGUUUGUGAAUACAGUGUAUGUGGACUUUAUUACUUUAAGUACCUAUUUUAAGAAUAUAGAUUUCUAAUUUUA